UGUGGGACCGCAGAGCUUUCUGGGUAAAGAUGGACGCACAUGAUCUGUUUCGCCGGCUCGGUGCUGGGGCCAAGUUCGACGUGAGGCGCUUCUCAGCGGACGCAGCCCGGUUCCAGGUAGGAAAAAGGAAAUAUGACUUUGAUUCUGCGGAGGUGCUGCAGGGACUGGACUUUUUUGGAAACAAGAAGUCUGUCCCAGGUGAAUGCGGAGAAUCAGGAACUAAUCAGGAGCUCCAAGAUGAAGAGGAAAAAGAGGAGAGCCUAACUGAAAGGAAGAGGGAGCAGAACAAGAAAAAGAGGAAGAGAAUGACUUCGGAAAUUAUUUCAGAAGAAGAAGGUUCUACCAUACAGUGGAUAUCAUCUGUGGAAGCAAAGAUUGAAGAUAAAAAAGUUAAAAAAGAAAAUAAACUAACUUCAGGAAAGUUGGAGCUUAUCAGAAAAGAAAAGAUAAACUUCUUGCGGAAUAAACACAAAAUUCAUAUCCAGGGAACUGAUCUUCCUGACCCAAUUGCUACAUUUCAGCAACUUGAACAAGAAUAUAAAAUCAAUUCUCGACUGCUUCAGAACAUUCUAGAUUCAGGUUUCCAAACACCUACACCAAUCCAAAUGCAAGCCAUUCCAGUUAUGCUUCAUGGUCGAGAACUUCUGGCUUCUGCUCCUACUGGUUCUGGAAAGACUUUGGCUUUUAGCAUUCCCAUUUUAAUGCAACUGAAACAACCCACAAAUAAAGGCUUCAGAGCCCUGAUUAUAUCACCAACACGAGAACUUGCCAGCCAGACUCAUCGAGAGUUAGUAAAAAUAUCUGAGGGAAUGGGAUUCAGAAUACACAUGAUCCACAAAGCAGCAAUUGCAGCCAAGAAAUUUGGAUCAAAAUCAUCUAAGAAAUUUGAUAUUCUUGUAACUACUCCAAAUCGACUAAUCUAUUUAUUAAAACGAGAUCCUCCAGGAAUAGACUUAACAAGUGUUGAAUGGCUGGUAGUAGAUGAAUCAGAUAAACUGUUUGAAGAUGGCAAAACUGGGUUCAGAGACCAGCUGGCUUCUAUUUUUCUGGCCUGCACAUCCCACAAGGUCAGAAGAGCUAUGUUCAGUGCAACUUUUGCAUAUGAUGUUGAACAGUGGUGCAAACUCAACCUGGACAAUGUCAUUACUGUGUCCAUUGGAGCAAGGAAUUCUGCAGUAGAGACUGUAGAACAAGAACUUCUCUUUGUUGGAUCUGAAACGGGAAAACUUCUAGCCAUGAGAGAACUUAUUAAAAAGGGUUUCAAUCCACCUGUUCUUGUUUUUGUUCAGUCCAUUGAAAGGGCUAAAGAACUUUUUCAUGAGCUCAUAUAUGAAGGUAUUAAUGUGGAUGUUAUUCAUGCAGACAGAACACAGGAACAGAGAGAUAACACAGUCCAAAGCUUCCGAGCAGGAAAAAUCUGGGUCCUUAUUUGUACAGCCUUGCUAGCCAGAGGGAUUGAUUUUAAAGGUGUGAACUUGGUGAUCAACUAUGACUUUCCAACAAGCUCAGUGGAAUAUAUCCAUAGGAUCGGUCGAACUGGAAGAGCAGGGCAUAAAGGAAAAGCUGUUACAUUUUUCACUGAAGAUGAUAAACCAUUAUUAAGAAGUGUUGCCAAUGUUAUACAGCAGGCCGGAUGUCCUGUUCCAGAAUACAUAAAAGGUUUCCAAAAACUAUUAAGCAAACAAAAGAAAAAAAUGAUUAAGAAGCCAUUGCAAAGGGAGAGCAUUAGUACAACUCCAAAAUACUUCUUAGAAAAGGCUAAGGAUAAACGGAAAAAAGUCACUGGUCAGAACAGCAAGAAGAAAGUAUCUCUUGAAGACAAAAGCUAAAAAAAUAUUUUUAAAAAAGCUGUAUCAGAAACAUCAUUUUAUGAUCUCAACAUGAAUGUUGUUUACAUGGAAUACUUCAUCUUAAAAUCACCUGUAGUCAACUACAAGAACAUGGGACUGGUGAAAAAUGAUCAUGAACUUUCAGUGCAUCAUGUCAAACUUUUAAAUGAUUACACGAUGAAAAUCACAUUCAUUGACAUUUCUGUGGUUUGGCUCCAGAGAGAUACUUCUUAUAGAAGAACAAAAGCUUACGCUACAAAUCAAAUACCCAUAUGUGGUGAACUCGUAAGGAUUUUUGCUUUCAAGUGUAAAGGAAGGUGUGAUGUAUGUUGUAGAGAGACAUUUGGAACCAAACUUUCAAAGUAAAGCCUUGAAAUUGAAUGUCUCCUCUCUCUCCCCACACCCCAGUCUGUUUUUGUUUCUGUUUUUGAAUGGACACAGACUACCAAGAAGAAAGCUAUUGCUCUUUAUUUUACUAUUUCUUGAUGGCCUUUUAUGGUGUAAACCACAACAAAAAGAUGCCUCUUCUGUGGCUGGUGUUCAAGUUCU